CAUAUCCAAUCAACAUAAAAUAAGUCUCCGACACCAACUCUUUGACCUUUUUCUUCUCUCUCUCCAAAAAGCUCCCCCCAAAUCUCAAAAACACCCCCAAAAUUAAGCCCCCUUUUCAUUUCAUUCCACCGCAUAAUUAAUUAAUUACCUACUACUUCCAGCUCGCUUUCCCAAUUCCAAAACAUAAUUAGAUCCGCUCUCAAGUUUCACCAAAUUAGGGUUUCCAUUUUCAAAUUUUGGGGAUUUUAAGUAAUUAGGGUUUCCAUUUUGAAUUGAGCUAGUAAUUGAUUAUGUUAUGAGCUACCAAACAUCAGCCUUUGAAGUCAAGUUAAGGAAUUAGUGUGAUUUUAGGGAUAAAGUUUGUAUCUUUUUGUAAAAUAAUUGGGGUUUUUUUAACCAUUUUAUGAAGUUGUGAAGGAAAGAUGUUUUAUUCACAGUUUAUAUUAGCUAAAAAAGGUCCUUUAGGGACUAUAUGGAUUGCAGCUCAUUUGGAAAGGAAGCUUAGAAAAAAUCAAGUUGCAGAUACUGAUAUUGGUGUAUCUGUAGACUCGAUUCUCUUCCCUGAGAUGCCUAUUGCACUUCGGUUGUCCAGUCAUCUUUUGCUUGGCGUGGUUAGGAUAUACUCAAGAAAAGUCAAUUACCUUUUCGAUGAUUGCAGUGAGGCUUUGCUUAAAGUGAAGCAAGCCUUUCGUUCUACAGCGGUUGACUUGCCACCCGAAGAAUCUACUGCUCCAUAUCAUUCAAUCACCCUGCCAGAGACUUUUGAUCUAGAUGAUUUUGAGCUUCCAGAUAGUGAAAGUUUGCAUGGCAAUUACGUUGAUCACCACAUUAGUUCAAAAGAGCAAAUCACGCUUCAAGAUACUAUGGAUGGUGUUGUUUUCUCUACAUCCAAAUUUGGGCUUGAUGAGAGGUUUGGUGAUGGUGAUGCAUCUGGUUUGGACCUUGACGAGGAAUUAUUGGUUGAGAAGGCUGCGAAUGCUGAACAUACUACUGGCACAUCGAAUUCAGAUUACGGUGUUGACCCGCAUGCAUCUUUUCAAUUCAAAGCACCCGCAUCCAGUGGUGUUGUAAAUCAGCAAAUGGAAGAGGAUGAUGGAGACAAUGAACCAGCUGACUAUGCCCAGGCUCCGUGUACUCCUGGACUAUGGGAGGAGCCAAAUUUAUCCAACAUUCAAGAAACUUCUGCAUGUGAUGAUCACCAGGAACCAGAAAAUCAUACCAUAACAGAAUUCGCGGUGAAGAACUUAGAGAAUGCGUCCACUAAUGAGCCUCAUGAACAUCAUAAUAGUUUUGAGCAUCAUGAACAUCAUGAUAGCUUUGAGCCUCAUGAACAUCACAAUAAUUCCGAGUCUCAUGAACAUCAUAAUGGUUUUGAGCCACAUGAGAAAUCAUUACCACACAUUGAUGCAACAGAAAAGAUGCUGAUGGACGAUCUUGGUUCAGCACCUUUUACAGAAUCCGUUUUAGCUGACCAUGUUAAGUCCAUGUCUGAAGCUGUUGUUCCUGUGUCCAAGGAUUCUGCCAAUGUAGAAGAUCUAGAUAAACAUGGUAGGGAUGGGGAGCCUGGAGUUCGGACUGUUUAUGAUAACCGUGAAAAUUGUGUUGGACAUCAAGGGGAUCAGGAGAAUUUAGGCUACCUUACCACUGAAUUGGAAUCAAACACUGAACCCAUUUUGGAACCCAAGGAUCCCAUAAUUUUCGCUCAGUCUACUCAGGAAAGCAUGUCAAGUGCUUCCUUCCCAAGUCUUAGGCCAUGUGUAACUCUCCUGAAUCAUGAAAUUAAUGGGGAAGGGAUACAUGUAACUGAAGCAUUCCAUAAAAAGUUGCCAGAAGCUCAUCUUUCAGAAACUAGUCUGAAUGAUGACGUCCAGUUGGCAUCUAAUGUAUCAAACAGACAGGUGGACAACAUAAUUGAAAGUGAGGUUCAGGUUGAUAACAUCAACUACACUUCUGACUUUCCUGCUCCUGAAAAACUGCUCUCUUUACCGCAAGGGUUUUCAGAUGUACCUAGAAACUUUGUACCAGAAACUACACCAGGCGAAAAAUGCACAGAAACCUCCGGAAGAAAACGCAGUUUUGCUGAAAGCUCGAUGACUGCUCAAAGUUUGGAUUUGAAUCAGUCUGCAGGCUUUUUCACCACAAAUAUGAUGGAACAAUCUCGUUUUACCACAAAUAUGACUGAGCCGCCCCUUUUCACCACAAAUAAUACUGAACAAUCUUUUUUCACCGCAAAUAGGUCUGAUCAAUCCUUUUUCACCACAAAUAGGACUGACCAAUCUUUUUUCACCACUAAUAGGACUGAACAGUCCGUUCUGAAUGAUGGUGAUUUGUUGUCUUCAAUAUUAGUUGGGAGAAAGUCUUCAAUAUUAAAAAUGAAGCCCACUCCUCCUGUAUCUACAAAGCGACGUCGAUCUGCUCCCAAGACUCCCAAAACUGGCAUGUCGAAAAGGAAGGUGCUCAUGGAUGAUUAUAUGGUUUUGCAUGGCGACACAAUACGCCAGCAAUUGACGAACACUGAAGACAUUCGCCGACUAAGAAAGAAAGCUCCAUGCACUCGCUCUGAAAUUUCAAUGCUUGAAAAACAAUUCUGGGAAGAUGAAAUUUUUAUUGAACCCAUAUUCACAGGGGUGUCGUUCAAAUUGUCUUCCUUGCACAGUCAGCCGUAUGAUCUAAGUAAAAUAGUUGUCUCUCAAAGUGAUGCUUCUCUAGAAGGUGGAGCUGACCCAAAAUCAAUUCCUCAUAAUAAUGAAAAUAACAUUCAACUUGAAGUUGGGACAAACAACAUGGGUGUCUCGGCUGGGGAUAAUGUUUCUAAAGAAGACGCUGGUGAAGAUAAAGACGGCUAUGAAGGGCAGCCACCUGGGUUUUCUUUGGUGGCUGGUGAAGAUAAAGAUGUUUAUGAAGGGCAACCACCAGGGUUUCCUUUGGUGACUGGUGGAGAUAAAGAUGUAUAUGAAGGGCGGCCACCUGGGUUUCCUUUGGUGACGGACAGCCACACAUACGAUAACAAUACAACGAAUUUAGAUUACUACCAGAGUCGAACACCGAUACAUACUUCUGGAGAUGUGGCUGAACCGUUCAAUUCUGAACAUGAUCUUAUGGAGCAGGGAACUGCAAUGGAGAUUGAUCCAAAAAGCUUUUCAGAUGUUGUCAUGCCUAUUGAGGCUGAAUCACUGACACAUGAUAAUGUAGUCCCAACCCAUAAUUAUGACGUGUCGGCAACACCAGAUGUUGUUGAAAACAUUAACCAAAUUGAUGCUUCUCAGCAAACAGCUGAACAAGGUGCCCACUCAAAUGACAAUAUGGGUUUACAUUCUGCUAACAUGAAUAUAAAUAGCAAUAUUGGAAGUAGUGUGACAUCUGAAGCAAGGGUUGAUGUUGCAUCCAUUGGAGAAAUAUCAGGGGAAAAACAUGACGAUGAAAUCAGGAGAGAUGAGGAAGAAGCAGUAAACGAAGGUGCAGCAUCAAAUCCAAAUGGCGAGUCUGAUGCCCAGAAGUUGGUCUAUCAUGGUAUAUUUGGUGAAGACUAUGUAACGGCUGGAGCAUACGAUGCCGAAGUGAAUCCGGUGAUGGUAGAUGCUUUUGUGGAAGAAAGAGAAAAUUCAGGUCAUCAGGUUACUUUCCCGACAACCGAAAUGAACGUAGAAGACAACGCUGAAAAUAAAAGGGUUGACGAUGAGGAGUAUACUCAUUCUGUAGUUGAACCUGAUACAGAUUUUCUAAAUUUUGAUGAUGUUGAUGAUGAUGAUGCUGGUGGCGAUUAUGCGCCUGAUGUGGAAACAACCCGGGUUAUUGAUAACACUGGAUGGUCUUCACGUACAAAGGCCGUUGCAAAAUAUCUCCAAAUUAUGUUUGACAAAGAAGGAGAGCGUGGAAGGAAUAUGGUUUGUGUGAACAACCUGCUGGUUGGCAAAACGCGCAAGGAAGCAUCAAGGAUGUUCUUUGAAACACUGGUUCUUAAGACAAAGGAUUACAUCCACGUGGAGCAGCCAGAUCCAUACGAAAACAUCAAUGUAUUUCCUCGAGCGAAGCUUUUGAAAUCAGACUUUUAAUAAAAAAUUACGGAUUAUGCACACUGGCAAAACCAAGGAACUGCUUGGAGCUGUGGAUUACUGCCCUUACUUAGAUCUGUUGUUUGUUUAAUGUCGUGUCUUGUAGCUUAUUAAGUUAUGUUGGUAGCUUUAACCAUGGAGUCAACUAGUCAAGUAGAUUAUGUAGCACUCGAUAUGGUUGUUAAGAGUCUGAUGUUUUAUGGAUCAUAUUUAUUUGUAUAUACGUAUAUAGAGUUAAUCAAUGCUAAUUUAUUGCUACUGUUAUUAUCAUGUAA